AUGUCAUGCGAAGCCCCACCCACCGCGGACGGCAGUCCAUGGCACGCCGCGUUCCCAAGUCCUCGUACGACUAAGCCGGGAGCGCUUACGAGGAAAGACGUCCUAGAACUUCUUCAGAAAGAGGGGAGUAAGGACUUUGUUUUAGUUGAUUUGAGGCGUAAUGACUAUGAAGGCGGAACAAUCCGUGGAUCAAUCAAUCUCCCGGCUCAGAGUCUGUAUCCCACCAUUCCAACUUUAUAUGACCUGUUCAAGGCUGGUAGCGUGAAGCAAGUUAUUUGGUAUUGCGGUUCUUCUGGGGGACGAGGAACUCGCGCUGCGGGGUGGUUCGCAGAUCAUAUUGAUGACAAGGGAGAUACAGAGAUGAAAAGUGUGAUACUAGAGGGUGGGAUUAAGGGGUGGGUUAAAGGUGGUAACGAGUAUACUGAAACAAUGAUUGGCUAUGCUGAGGAGGCUUGGUCUAAGUAA